UAUAUACAAAACAAUAUACCUAGAGAAAGCAAAGUUACAGUACAUCAACUUUGUUUCAGUCCUGGUGAAAUUUUCAAAGGAUUUAGAGAUGUAUUUGUCAAGAUUCUUAUCAAUUCAUGCCCUUUGGGUUACUGUGUCCUCUGUGAUGCAGCAUUAUCCAUCAGUGUGGGGACAUUAUGAUGUGUGUAAGACUCAGAUUUACACAGAAGAAGGGAAAAUUUGGGAUUACAUGGCUUGCCAGCCAGAAGCUACUGACAUGACAAAAUAUCUGAAAGUGAAAUUGGAUCCUCCUGACAUUACCUGUGGAGACCCGCCUGAGACAUUCUGUGCAAUGGGCAACCCCUACAUGUGCAAUAAUGAAUGUGAUGCAAGUACCCCUGAGCUGGCACAUCCCCCUGAGCUGAUGUUUGAUUUUGAAGGAAGACAUCCCUCCACAUUUUGGCAGUCUGCUACUUGGAAGGAGUACCCCAAGCCUCUCCAGGUUAACAUUACUCUGUCUUGGAGCAAAACCAUUGAACUCACAGAUAACAUAGUUAUUACCUUUGAAUCUGGGCGUCCAGACCAAAUGAUCUUGGAGAAAUCGCUUGAUUAUGGACGGACAUGGCAGCCCUACCAAUAUUAUGCCACAGACUGCUUAGAUGCUUUCCACAUGGAUCCUAAAUCCGUGAAGGACUUAUCGCAACACACAAUCUUAGAAAUCAUUUGCACAGAAGAGUACUCCACGGGGUAUAUGACAAAUAGCAAAAUAAUCCACUUUGAAAUCAAAGAUAGGUUUGCAUUUUUUGCCGGACCCCGGCUUCGCAACAUGGCUUCCCUGUAUGGACAGCUGGAUACCACCAAGAAACUCAAAGAUUUCUUUACCAUCACAGACCUGAGGAUAAGACUACUGAGGCCAGCCACUGGGGAAAUAUUUGUAGAUGAGCAGCACCUGGCCCGCUACUUUUAUGCGAUCUCAGACAUAAAGGUAUAUGGAAGGUGCAAGUGUAACCUUCACGCCACUGUGUGUGUCUUUGACAACAAUAAAUUGUCUUGUGAGUGUGAGCACAACACUACAGGCCCCGACUGUGGGAAAUGCAAGAAGAAUUAUCAGGGCAGACCUUGGAGCCCCGGCUCGUACCUCCCCAUCCCCAAAGGCACGGCCAACACCUGUAUCCCCAGUAUUUCCAGUAUUGGUAACUGUGAAUGCUUCGGCCACUCCAAACGGUGCAGUUAUAUCGAGCUGCUCAAUACAGUCAUUUGCGUGAGCUGUAAACACAACACUAGAGGGCAGCACUGUGAGUUAUGCAGGCUGGGCUACUUCAGAAAUGCUUCUGCACAGCUGGACGAUGAAAAUGUGUGCAUAGAAUGUUUUUGUAACCCUUUGGGCUCAAUCCAUGACCGUUGUAAUGGCACAGGAUUUUGUGAGUGUAAGACGGGAACAACAGGGCGUAAAUGUGAUGAGUGUCUGCCAGGAAAUUCCUGGCACUACGGCUGUCAACCCAAUGUGUGUGACAAUGAAUUCCUGCACUGCCAGAACGGAGGGACGUGUCACAACAACGUGAAGUGCCAGUGCCCAGCCGGCUACACUGGCAUCCUGUGCGAGAAGCUGCGGUGCGAGGAGGCUGGAAGUUGCAGCUCAGACUCUGGCCAUGGGGCAAGGGCACAGGGCUCUUUCACUCUGCUUGUGGCUCUGCUAGGAAUAAGUGGCCCACGCCUCUUUUAGGCUCAGUAUACUCUAUGGCCUCAAGUUCAGCCAACUGAUGGGACUACACCAUGGGGAAGCUAAACUAAUCCAAGCUUUUGCUACUAACAUAGAAAAAAUACAUACACAC